AUGUCAUCUACAGCCAUCAAUCAUGGUCAACCUGAAGAGAACAGUCGUUUCGAAAUGGAUGAUGAAACUAUUUGUCUCUUUGCAGAAGCUCUACGACGUUGCCAAAGUUUUCAUGAGACACCAGCUUUUGCAAAUUUGUACCUUGCCGGAGAAUUGACUGCCAAGAAAGUCGCUAUGAUGAUGUAUCACAACAAAGUAUUCCAUCAUUGUACUACUGUGGACCAAUGCGGAGCUUUAGUCGCGCUCCUUAGAGAACAUCAUGAACAUGUACCAGGAGAUUGUCUCACAGAGGUUUUGAACAUUUUGGAACAGUACGAAAAACAACGGAAUAACUUGAGAUCAACACCGUUGCCAACUUGCCACCAUGUCGAUACAUGGUACAACUUGGAUGAAAUGAAUGUGACUCCAAUCUGCUGCUGCGACGCUGAUCAAAAUCACACUGAUCUAGUAUUGUACCCAUUAUUCUAA